AUGCUUAUAUAUGUCAGUGGAGUGCUGGAUGAUGCAGAGGAGAAGCAGAUUACAAAACCCUCCGUGAAGCUGUGGCUGGACGAGCUUAAAGAUGCAGUUUAUGUUGCUGAUGAUUUGUUGGACGAGGUCGCUUAUGAAUCUCUGAGGUCGGAGCUAGAGUCGCAUCAUUCUUCAAUUAGUGUACAUCAGCUUAAUCCUUUCAAGAUAGAAUUAGAAGCUCAGCUGAGGGAGAUUCUUGAGCGGCUCGAGUAUUUGCUGAAUCAAAGGGAUGGUCUUGGUUUGAGAGAAGGUGGUUUUGUUCGUGAAAACCCAUCAUCUAGUAAAUUGCCCAGUACUUCUCUUGUAGAUGAAUUUGGUGGUGUCUAUGGCAGGGAUGCCGAUCGAGAGGCUAUAAUGGAAUUGUUAUUGGAGAAUGGCAAUGGCGUUGGGGUGAUACCCAUCGUGGGUAUGGGUGGUGUUGGAAAAACAACCCUUGCUCAACUUGUGUAUAACGAUAGGAGAGUAGAGGAUUGCUUUAAUGUGAAAGCAUGGGUUUGUGUUUCACAAGAACCCUCCAUCUCUAAGAUAACGAAGGAUAUCCUUGAGGAGGUUACGGGUGGAACUUUUGAUGGUAAUUUCAAUCAGCUUCAAUUGGAGCUGAAGGGGAGAUUAAAGGGGAAGAAGUUUUUAAUUGUUCUGGAUGAUGUUUGGAAUGAUAAAUACGCAGAUUGGGAUGUCUUGAGACGACCUUUGAUGACUGGGGUGCCAGGAAGUGUGGUCUUGGUCACAACACGCAAUGAAAGUGUAGCAUCGAUCAUGCAGACUGUUCCUAUAUAUAAUUUAAAGGGGUUGAGUUGUGAUGAUUCCUGGUUCUUGUUUGUCAGACAUGCUUCUCGUGGUGGGAGUGCCACGUUGCAUCCGAACUUGGAGCCUGUUGGUAAAGAGAUAGUGGGGAAGUGUAGAGGGCUCCCUUUGGCUGCAAAGACACUUGGUGGUCUCAUGCGCUCAAAGAAGGAUGCUGUCGACUGGGAGAGGAUAUGUAAGAGCAACUUGUGGGAUCUGUCUAAUGAUGAAAUUCUCCCAGCACUAUAUUUGAGUUACCAUUACCUGCCAUCACAUUUGAAAAGAUGUUUUGCUUACUGUGCCAUAUUUCCAAAGGAUUAUGAUUUUGAAAAGGAUGAGCUGGUGUAUUUGUGGAUGGCUGAGGGCUUUAUAGAGCAGCAGUCGAGAGGAAAUAAGCUGAUGGAAGAGUUGGGUGAUGAGUACUUUAAUGAUCUUGUGUCAAGGUCAUUUUUCCAACGGUCAAGCGUGGAUCCAACUGGUUAUGUGAUGCAUGACCUUAUCAAUGACUUGGCUAAAUACGUGUCCAGUGAAUUUUGCUUUAGAUUAGACUGUGAAGAUUCAUGCAAGAUCAAUGGAAGAAUUCGCCAUUUGUCAUAUGCAAUAACAGAAUGCAAUCUUGCUCAGAAGCUUGAAAGUAUCCAUGAGGCAGGUUUUCUGCGGACUUUCUGGCUCUUCGAUUGGUCAUCAUACUUUGUCACUGAUGCUACCUUCAACUUGUUGCUCACACGUAAGCGACUGCGGGUUUUGUCUCUUUCCCACCUUCGCACUCUAACUGAGUUACCUGAUUCAAUCGGCCACUUGAAGCAUUUAAGAUAUCUGAAUCUAUCAGCCACCGCGAUUCAAUAUUUACCCGCAACACUUUGUGGCGUUUACAAUAUGCAGACAUUGAUCUUGCACCAGUGCAGAGAGCUUGUUCAGCUGCCAAACAACUUAGGAAGGUUAAUCAAUUUGCGUCAUCUUGAUGUCAGAGAAACCAAUUUGCAGGUGAUGCCAUUGCAGAUGGAUAAAUUGACAAAGCUGCAUGUAUUGACAGAUUUCAUUAUAGGAAGAGGAAACGGAUCUUGCAUUAAAAUGCUCGGUGGGCUUCAGCAUCUUGGUGGUCAACUUAAUGUUUGGAAACUUCAACAUGUGAUGGAAGCACAAGAUGCUUUGGAAGCCAAUUUGAAGGUUAAGAAGUACCUAAAACAGCUGAACUUCAUGUGGGAUGGAGACACUCAUGAUUCAGUGCAUGAAAGGACUGUACUCGAGCAAUUACAGCCCCAUACAAAUAUCCAGUCACUAUCAAUUGUAGGCUACAGGGGCACAAGGUUUCCCGAUUGGGUUGGCAAUUCUGCUUUCUCAAGUAUAGUGGCACUGAAACUCAGUGGAGGCCAGCACUGCAACACCCUUCCUCCCUUGGGGCAAUUAGUGUCUCUAAGCGACCUCUCAAUCGCAGCAUACGUCAGCGUUGAGACUAUUGGUUAUGAGUUCUACGGGAGUUGCACAUCCAAAUGGAAGCCAUUUGGGUCCCUCAAAAGCUUGAGAUUUGAAAGCAUGUUGUCAUGGUGUGAGUGGAUUCCAUUUGACGGAGAAGCUUUCCCAGUUCUUGAAAAGCUCUACUUCAGACAUUGCCCCAAUCUGAAGAAAGCCCUUCCUAGUCACCUUCCUUCUUUAUCACUGCUUGAGGUAGAAGGAUGUCAGCAGCUUGGAGUAUCAUUGCCAAGAGCUCCAAACAUCUGUAAGAUUAAGUUCAAGGAUGACACUCGCGAUGUUCAGCUUGUGAAAUUGCCUUCGGAGCGGCACACUUUAAUGAUUGACAGAUUCAAUUCAGUUGAUACCCUACUAGAGGCAAUGGAACAGAUGGGAGGGUUCUCUUCUACGAUGGAAAGAAUCGAAAUAAGAAACUGCAGUUCGCUAAGGAGCUUCCCCUUGGAGUUGUUUCCCGGCCUAAAGGCACUAAUACUCACUAGAUGUCUAAACCUUGAAACACUUUCAGCAUCUGAGGUGACUGGUAGCAAUUUCCCUUGUCUGACUUGCUUGGAAAUUAGGGAAUGCCCGAAGUUGUUUUCUUCACUCCAAGAAACAAUGCCUGCACCAAAUUUGACUAGGCUUCUGUUAAUGGGAUGCUUGGGCGUGGAAUCUUUCCCAGGGAAGAGGUUGCUGCCCUCCACUCUUACCAUUCUUAAGAUCUGGGAUUUUCCAAGCCUGACAUCACUAGAUUGGGAAGGGCUUCAAAACCUUCACUCUCUCAGAGAAUUGCAGAUAUGUAACUGCCCUAAUCUCAAAUGCUUGCCAGAAGAAGGGUUUCCGUUAAAUCUUUCUCACCUGUACGUUUCUUGGUGUCCUUUGUUGGAGCAAAGAUGUCGACCGGAUGAUGGAGAAGAUUGGCCCAAGAUUGCUCACAUCCCUGAACUAGAGAUCAAUUUCCAGAAGAUCACUACUUUGGAGCCAAGUGCCUAG